AUGGGAAAUAUUGAAAUGAAAGAAGAAGCCAUCACAACUUAGUAGGAAUGUUAUCAUUGUAAAGGGGCUGGGUAUGUUGUACCCAAAUUCUCAAGAAAAUAUUUAGAUCAAGAUUUAUCACCAACCCAAAAAAGAGAAAGGGAUUAGUGUUUGGAUUGUCUAGGAAAAGGACAUAUCACAUUGGAACACUACGAAGAGAGAAACUUUACUUUAUGA